AUGGGAGACACCCGUCGAAAACAAUUUCACAGCUGCGAUCCAUGUCGCAAAGGUCGAAGGGGCUGCGAUGCAACGAGCCAGGUAGACCGUGUCUUCAAUGCCUGCUCCAACUGCAAACGAUGGAAGAAAGAGUGCACAUUCAACUGGCUCUCGAAACACGCAGAGUCGAAAGGAAGCCGGAAAAGAGCCAGACCUACUGCCCCGUCUGCGCCGUCUGCCAGCUCCCCUUCCACGGCGAGCUCAGCCUCCUCCGGCGUGGCCCUGCCGGAGGUGCCAGACUCUGUAUACUGGCAUUCUGCGGAUCCCACUGGCAUGGUCAACCUGCCUUUUGCACCCCUUCUUCCGCCGAGCGAUGCAAUUGUCGACGGCUUUCAGGCAGAGUGGCCGAAUGAGGGCCAGUUUGCUUUGUCUGCUUGGAACAUGACCGCGCCCUGCGAUUGGGAAGUUUCCAAAAAUGCCUUCAGCCAGCCUGAACCUCCACCAGUCUUUCACGCGCCGCUCACCAAUUACUCUGCGGAAGCUUUUGGUGCCAUUCCCAUUCCCCAGCUGCAGGACACAUUCACCCCUUCCUCGUUCAGUGUCCCAGAUCUAGGAUCCAAUCCUCGUGAUGAGGAUUCCGAGAGAGCAUCAAAACGACACUCUCCAGGGAGUCUGCGCAUGGAUUCCGAAAACACAGCCAGGCAAUAUGCCCGGUCGAUGAUGACAAAGAACCUGAUCCGCAUAUAUCACGACAGUAUGGAGAACGCGUUAUCCUGCUGGCUGACGGAACACAACUGUCCCUAUAGCGACUCGAUUGGCGACCUGCGUCCUUACAAAGAGAGAGACGAAUGGGGGCCAAACUGGUCCAACCGGAUGUGCAUUCGAGUGUGUCGGUUGGAUCGCGUAUCCUCCAAAUGCGGCAUGUCCUUAACCCCGGACGAGGACAAGACGGCGGCGCGAGCACUCCAUCUGGCCAUUAUCGCCUUUGCCUCCCAGUGGACUCAGCACGCGCAAAAGGGGACGGGGCUCUCCGUCCCAGCCGAGUUUGCAUCCGAUGAGAGAUUAAUCCGAGAGAGAGUUUGGAAUGAAGCCCGACAUGCCUUGGAGCAAUCCUCCGGCAUUCCCUCGUUUCGCAUUGCCUUUGCGAACAUCAUCUUUUCUUUGACGCAAAGGCCGUUGGAUGACAGACAGGACAAGCGCCUUGAUCAGUUAUUGGAGAAUGACCGGGCACCCAUAUUUCUCGACAAUGCUAAUCGGCAGCUCUUCACCUUUCGGCAUAAAUUCACAAGGAUCCAACGAGAAUCAUUGACAAAACUACGGAAAGCAUCAGCGGGAACCACGCCGACUCACAGUAUGGGCCCGCCCGAUCCGCCAUCAUCGUCACAGAUUGAUCCUAUUAUGACGAGUCAUGAGCACCGCGGCACCCUGAAUCUGUUGCACUGGCUAGGAGUCAUGUUUGACACGCUGAGUUCUGCGAUGUACCAACGCCCACUCAUGGUUUCGGAUGAGGAUAGCCAGGUUUCAUUGGUCCCGACUCCGUCUGCCCCCAAAGAGCAUGUCAGUUCUGGAAUCCAACCCAUCUCACACAAUGAGACGAACCAAUGGGAUAUAUGGGGCCAGUUCUUUCUCCGUCCAGGCGAGAAGAUGGGCUCUGGUCAUGCUCCACCACGAUGGCCAUGCUCCUAUGAACAGGCUGCUUCUGUGCUUUCAGAAGCGACCCCGGUCAAGGUUUUACUCUAUCGCCGGAUUACACAGCUCCAGACUCUGAUCUAUCGAGGCGCAAGCCGCGAUUGCCUGGAAGAAGCCAUUCAGAGUACCAUUCAGGUCUACCAGCACUGGAACUGCACGUACCGAUGGUUCAUGCUCGACUGUGUCGCCAACCAUGAGAUGCUUCCUCCUCGUAUCCAGUCGUGGUACGUCAUACUCGACGGUCAUUGGCAUCUUGCCACGAUGCUGUUGGCAGACGUGAUAGAAAGUAUCGACGACGAAAACCGCGGCUCUGAUGUAAAGCGCGAAGCCCGACAGGCUACAGACCUCGUCGCUGCUCUGAGGAUAGACAAUGCUCUGGCCGUUGGCGCCCUGGCGCGCUCAUCCCUCCAGGGCCAAGAGCCAACCUUGCACCGCCAUUUCCACGAUUCCCUGAAUGAAGUCGCCUUCUUGGUCGAGCCGUGGACAGUCGUUCUCAUCCAUUCCUUUGCCAAGGCAGCUUAUAUCUGUCUGGACAGCUUGGAUUCGUUUGGCGACCGCAAACUGUUGGCCGAUUGCUUCCGGCAGAAUUGUGAGUUCUGCAUCUGUGCGCUGCAAUACCUGGGACGAAAGUCGGAUAUGGCUUUCCUGGUGGCGCAGAACCUGUCAAAAAGCUUGAACAUGAAG